GCCAUUCCGCCCAUCUCAGCCCAUCUCGUGUCUACUCUUCCCUCUCCACCCAAUGACAUACGAGCAUCUUCAUCCCCCCACUACUACUACACCACCACCAUCACAACCACCCCGCUCUGAGCUUUCGGCGUCCGACAACACAGCUUACUCUGAUCCCCAUACAAAUACCCCUCCAUUUCCCUAUCUAGAAAAGGAAAUCCAGUCUCACAAACCCCUCAAUAUACUUACACACACUCCCUCUCUCUCUCUCUCUCUCUCUCUCUCUCUCUCUCUCUCUCACUCACCCGAACCUUGCAAAGAAAGAAGAACAUCAAAAAUGCAGUCCUUCACCGAACUCGUAAACAUGCACAACGACUGCCCCAAGUGCGGAGCCUCCACCGGCGGCGGAAAGAGCUGUGCCUCUUGCGGCAGCGUAAGCUAUUCCCCUCAACUUUCCUACACAUAAAGUAUAAGUAGUAAGGAUAUACUAACACUUUUGUGCAGACUUGCCCCGUUUAAACGACCAUGGAAGGUUCUCGACUUGAUACAUUUCACUUGAUUCUUUACAUCAUCUUCGAGCGAAGGCGCGAGCGUGGGAGCGAGAGGGGUUCUUUUUCGGUGACAUUUCCUUCUUCUUCCUCUUUUCUUUCUGCGACGAGAAGAGAGAAGGUGCGGGUUUACUAGGACAGACCUUUGGGAAGGAAGGAGUCUGGAGAGAAAUUGGAAACACAAAUACCUGCAUAUAUCAUCAUGGGGCAAAGACAUGCGAU